AUGGGGGGUUCACUAAGCAGGAUUAUCCUUCACUCGGAAAACUCAGUAAAUACUUGUGAUGACCCAACAUACAAAGAACAGUUUCUUGGGACGUGUGCCUCUGAUAUCAUCAACAACUAUCCUCUACUAUUCAACGCUGAUAGGAGCCGAAUGGUUGAAAAAACAGAUGAGAAACGUUGCUUCAUCUUGCCAUUACAUUUGUUGAAAUUGGUAAUGGGAGACAGAGGUGACAGAAUGCUCCAAAUAAGCAAGGAAUCAAAUUCACAAAUUGAAGUGAGGUUGAUGAACGACAAGCCACAUGAAUGCAUUGUAGUCAUCACCGGCUCCCCGAAAGAGGCAUCCAAUGCAAGGCAUCUCAUCAGCAUGUGGAGAAGCAAGAGUAGUGCUGACGUCGCAUAUUUAUCAAUUUUUAUGCAUAAAACUGUUAACCACGGUUGUGGAUGA